CUAGCCGCAGCUAGGAAUAAGGUUGGACAUGGUGUCAGUCAGAAAAGCAUCCAGACAGCAAAAUAUGGAUAUUGAAUUUUUAAAGUUCUUGAUUUAACUCAACAUAUAUGUCUAGCUGUUUUCACUUAUGAUCUGACAAAAUACGCAUCGGUUCGUCCCUUCGCAAACAUGGAGAAGGCACUCGGCGGUUCGCAUCCAGGGACUACGAAAACCAACUCGGGGUCCUCUUCUUCGGAUCGGGGGAAUUCGGCUCGGAAGCUCGGGAGAAGCGGCUCUCACAGCCCCGGCUCGGGCUCGUCUGGAAGUCCGGCUGGAGGGGGAGGAAACCGUGGAGGAGUGUCGGGGACCAGCGGCAAUCUGCAGCAAGCCCACAAGCGGCAUCUCGAAGGAGUGUUGAGUAAAUACACAAAUCUGCUUCAGGGUUGGCAGAACAGGUACUUUGUUCUCGAUCCAGACCUGGGGCAGCUGCAGUACUUUGUCAACGAGCACAGUAAGGGUCAGAAGCCACGGGGGUCAUUGCCUCUAAUAGGGGCGUCAGUAGCCCAGAGUGAUGAGGCACCCCACAUGUUCACCGUCUACUCGGCAAGCGGAGAGCUCUACAAGCUGCGGGCGGCUGAUGCCAGGGAGCAGCAGUUCUGGAUGAGCCAGCUCCAGGCAUGUGUCCGACGCCACUCAGACAGCAGUGCCAAGGGCUCCUCCUGCGCCUCCUCGGGCCGGACCCGUAGCUUCUCCCUGCUCCCACAUCCCCCGCCCACCUCCUCCUCCUCACCUGGCUCCCAGAGGCACCCGUCCCACACCGGGGCCCCCAGCGCCAUCGUCACCAUCACCCACCACAAAUCCCCUGCUGCCGCCCGCCGCGCCAAGAACCAGUACCCCGGGAGACUGCUUGAGGUCAAAGAGAUCAUGACCCAGGCAGAGGGCCAGCAGAAGAACCUGGUCCACUCCAUUGAGUCGCUGCCGACCCGCGGGCCGCUGUCCUCGCUGGACCAGGACCUGCUGCUGCUGAAGGCCACCUCGGCCGCCACCCUCAGCUGCCUGGGGGAGUGCCUCAACAUCCUGCAGCAGAACGUCAGCCAGGUGGCCCAGCAGGGCCAGAGCAACAGCCACGCCCCCGGCCGCAGCCUGGCAUCUGACACUGUCCCUGGCUGGCAUGGAUCCAAGUCACCCUCUGCAGAGCAGCUGAAAAAUGGUGGGCUGACCCCCUUGCCAUCUGCUGGUGCCAGUGUGUCCUGCCCCAGUGAGCCCUCCCCAGCUCUCAGGAACAAGGGCCUGCCACACAGCACCGAGCUUCCCAGCCUGGAGGUCAUCAACCCCAGCGAGGAGGCCACGGACACAGAGGACAACGAGGAGGAAGACCUGGGCGUGAUGGAUGACCAGCGCAGCAUCAUCCUGCACCUGCUGUCCCAGCUAAAACUGGGCAUGGACCUCACACGGGUGGUGCUCCCCACCUUCAUCCUGGAGAAGCGUUCCCUACUGGAGAUGUACGCCAACUUCAUGGCGCACCCUGACAUGUUCCUGUCCAUCACGGCGGCGGUGACACCCGAGGACCGCAUCGUACGCUUUGUGGAGUACUACCUGACCGCCUUCCACGAGGGCCGCAAGGGCGCCGUGGCCAAGAAGCCCUACAACCCGGUGCUGGGCGAGAGCUUCCACUGUUCCUGGGAGGUGCCCAGGGACAAGGUGCGGCCAGUGAGGACUAACACCUCCGCUUCCGCUAUUCGGGAGCCCGCCCGGGCGGAGCCCUGCGGCCCGGAGGCAAACGACUGCUACAGGGUGCGCUUUGUGGCCGAGCAGGUGUCCCACCACCCCCCUGUCUCCGGCUUCUACUGCGAGUGCCAAGAGCGGCAGAUGUGUGUGAACGCCCACGUCUGGACCAAGAGCAAGUUCAUGGGCAUGUCCAUCGGAGUGUCCAUGGUUGGGGAAGGGGUCCUUUGCCUUCUGGAGCAUGAUGAGGAGUACGUCUUCACGCUGCCCAGUGCCUACGCCCGCUCCAUCCUCACCGUGCCCUGGGUGGAGCUGGGCGGCAAAGUCUCCAUCAACUGCGCCAAGAGUGGCUACUCCGCCACCGUCACAUUCCACACCAAGCCCUUUUACGGAGGGAAAGUACACAGGGUGACAGCAGAAGUCAAACACAACCCUACCAACACCAUUGUGGCCAAGGCGCAGGGGGAGUGGAACGGAACUCUGGAGUUCACCUACAGCAGUGGAGAGACCAAAGUGAUUGACACCUCCAAACUUCCAGUGAUCAAGAAGAAGAUCCGGCCGGUGGAGAAGCAGGGCCUCACUGAGUCUAGGCGGUUGUGGCAGCACGUGACGGCUGCGCUGAAGGAGGGGAACGUGGACUCGGCCACCGAGCACAAGCACCACCUGGAGGAACGGCAGCGCAGUGAGGAGAGGCAGAGGGCCGCCACCAACACACCCUGGAAGCCCAAGUACUUCGUGAAAGAGGGAGAUGGCUGGGUGUACCACAACCCUCUGUGGAAAACACACUGAUGAGGGAGCCGGGGGCCACUGCCUGCCAUCUGUCACAGAGCCCUGCCUGUGAGGUGUGGGGCUUGGCAAAAAGAGGAGGAGCCAGGGAAGAGGAGGCAUGGCAACGGGACAACACUGCUGCCUGUUUCUAUUGGACACCGAGGCUGAGUGACAGCAGCCGGCAGCUGAUGCACAAAGCUGAGGGGGUUGAACCUGACCAAGGAUGGCCAUUUCCCAGAAUCCUCUCCGCCAGGGCCAACCUUGUACAUAGACUCCUAGUGCAAGAAACUCUUUCACCUUGGGGUAAGGAGGGGUAAGACAAGGCGGGGCAGGGAAGGUGUGGGUGGAGAUAUUUUUUAUUUUUUAUUGGCAGUAGAACAUUUCUAUUUUUCACUUUGCUAAGACCUGUUUUGCACACCCUACUGAUAUUCCCUGCAUUGUUCAUGCUUGCAUUCCUUAACCCUCACAAAGUGGAGAAGAAAGAAAAGAAAAUCAUGCCCAAAGCAUGUCUCAUCACAGUCACAAAAGGCGUGGUAGUGUGGACUUCAUCAUCGUCUUCAUCAGCGGCACGAGUCCAGUCCUUCUCUCACCUCGCUGGCUGUCAAACGUAGAGGAAAUGACAUCACCACUCCAUCACUUACUCCAUAGAAAGGCAUAGUAUCACAGCAUUCUUCUCUGGAGCGGUGCCACCUGGUCUUAGUCCCAAGCCAGAGGAGUCUUUGGUUUUGCCUUUUUUGGCAUUCAGGCGAGGUAGUAUGCUAAUAGGGUUGUGCUCUCCUGAACAGUUCUGCCUGGGAGAGCAACAAGAUGCAGCUGCUUAUCUUACUCUCUUCGUCCUUUACUCACACCUGUCCCCACUAUCUGCAUUCACUGCCCUAUGAACAGAGCCCUUGGUCGCCUGAUUCUUUUUUUCAUUUUAAACAAUCCCUGCUCACUUCUGGUGAACAUGUUACUGAAAAGAGUAUUAUCCUGCUUUUGUCCUUUGUUGCACAGCGAUAUAUUUAAUCUCCAGGCUUAACUGGAUUCAAGCUCUUUUCCACUAAUAUAGGAGGAUAAAAAACACGGGCACCUAGCUACAAAUCCAUUUUGGCAUCAGUUCUCACGUGAUGCCGUUGUCAUAGCUGUGAUUAAGCUGACAGAUAGACAGUUACAUGAGCUGAGGUGAUAAUGGAAAAAAGAAGUCAUCUUUUGAUUCAGUCUUGUAACAGCUAUGUGAAAAUUGAUCCUACUGCCUUUUCACCCCCGUCCUGUUCUGUUCAACAGACUGGAACAAACCUGAUUUUUUAAGGACAAAAAUAUGUCUGUAGCUCUCCUUCCGUUUGCUUUCUUUGAUAGUUGAAUCAUAUCCAUUUCACUCCGGGCAGUCCAGUCAACACUGCCAACAAUGAGUGCAAUAACCCCAAAGGCCAUUCCGGUUCCCAGUUCCCCUCAAGUCCAAAUGUGAUUCUUUUGCACAUAUCCCUAUGGAUAAUUUAAAAGGUUUUGUUGCAUUUGCUUUCAUUGUGGGGCGUCUGGCAUAAGGAUAAGAGACGCCUCACCGAAUGAGAAAAUGCAUCGCUAAAGAAGACCGCAACUACCUGCACAAUUUGCUUUGACCCGAACGGAUUUCAAGAACAGCUACUGUUCAUUUAAAGCUGGCUCCCGAGGGAGUCUCUGUUCAUUAAAAUCGACGCCCGCAUUCCUCAAGUUGAUCAUAUGUACAGCUUAAUCCUUUAAGAAGUGACUCAGUGUGCUGCAUGUUAUUAUAACAAUCACAUGUGGUGGCAGGUUCAGCUGGUAGUCCAGGAAUGCUGGGAGAAAUAAAUGUGAAAAAAGAUAGAUCUGAAGCUCACAUCAAAGCAGAGUUUUAGUGCUUCUCCCCAGCACACAGCCACAGUCCUCCUGACCCUUUUCCAGUUAGAAAAUACAUACUUUACCUCCUUUGGCUAUCAAGUCAAUCAGUUAUCUUUUUUUAGAAUUGAUAUAUCUUCUCCACUCAUUAAGGCUUUCUCUCUGUUGACAACUGAACAGUUGAUUCUGGCUGAGUUGUUUUCAUCUAAGUUCCCACUCCAAGUGUGUCUCAAGCUCUGACAAAGAAGAGAGCACUAAUUAGUUCGGUCAAAUGGCAUAAAACAUCACCACAGAGUGUCUGAGGAACCCUCCUUGUAAUGGUCAUUGCCCCAUGAUUAUUACUCUGUGAGUUUAGGAGAGUAGGCCUAAACUUGGAAGAGUAUUUCACAUGCGUGUGAAUGCGCAUACAUGCACCUAACGUGUUUUCUAAACAUGGGACUGACUGUAAUGUUAAAUAUUUGAUAUAGACAGCUUAUUAACAUCAGUUAAGAUUUGGAAUUUAUAAAAUGAUAAAGAUAAGCUUUUAUGGCCUUGCUUAAUCAGUCAUAAGAAGAUCAAAGUUACUAAAGUUGAAACUUCCUGGUCCUGUCAGUCAUGAUUGCUGGGUUAAUUUUACUGAGGAAGGGAUUCUCCCUCAUGCCCAUCAGGAUAUAUUCCAUACAUAUUUUAGGGGUAUUUUAUUAAAUGUAUGAAUGCUGCAUAAAUGUUAUUUGGAAUAAUAAUCUAUCUGAAGUGGCACAUUUCUGGGUAAGACACUGCACUUUCUGAAUAGGAAUCCUGUCCGAAUGUCAACAAGAUAGCUGCUACUGAAAUUCAGUUGUUUGUAAAUUUAAGUUACAGCAGAGACAAAUAUGACUGUAUAUUAUUCAAUCGUUGCAUCACUGCAUAUAUUUUCAUUAGAGAUUUUGAAGACAAAAUGGUGGAAACAUCUUGGGAGUUUUUGGUGUUUGCUGCCUGAAGUGAAAUAGUGGCAUUUGUACAGCAUGUAAACAGUAGCUAAGUAAUGAAUUUCACUUUGUUUCAGGUUUGGGGAGUGUACCAGUGUAAAAUGGUACAGUACAAAAAUAGGCAGGUGGUUACAGCUCCAUAUAUUCUUAAGUACCGUAAAUGAACAGAUAGAGGGAUGAAGCUUCCUAUAGUAUGGACUGUAACUGUAAUAUUUCCUUAAAUAAAGAAGGUGGUGUGACAAAGUAUAAUUGCCAAAGUUUGGUUAAACGUGCGCUGUAGUGCGUUUUAUCAUUUCAUUCACAGAAUGACCUUUCAUACCCACUUUCCUGAGGCCGACAAAUAGGUAUAAGAUGCCACGCAUUAAUGUCACUUCAUAUGUAGUAAAGGUCAUUGAUAAGGCUUUUUUUCUUCGUGCUGUACAGAUCACUGAGCUCUAUGUCAUCUAGAUGGCUCAUCAUUUUCUGUGAGCCCAUGAUAUCAGGUGAUCCAAGUACAUUAGAGAUCAGUGAAUCCACACAGCAGUGAUCAAAACGCAAAACACUGUCGAGCUCACUGUUAGUAUGUUAAAAUGAAGCCCUCUCAUUUGGUUUACACAGACACAUUACUUUAGUGUGGUGUAGCUUCUGUGACAGAUAGUUCUGAUCAAAGCAUCAUGUACCAUGGGGUAACAUUUCAGAAUUUUAUAUACAGGUAUGUUAAAUUUUUUGUAACUUCUGUCAAUCCCAGUAGCAUUCCACAUGGCAGUUUUUUGUAAGUUGUGUAGUAAGCUCCAUUGACGAGCAUACGGCAUUUGUCUUGCCUUAUUUUAACUGAGAAGCACUUUUUUUAAUCUGUUGGGGUCGGGGGGAGGGGUGCAAAGGGGUGAGGCUUUGGCAGGUCUGUCCUUUCUGUUCCUCAGCUGUAGGUCCCUCUGAAACAGGAACGCAGUGAGCACGGGACUAUCCUCAGAGUGUCCUGAAUGAGUGUGCGUGUGUAUGUAGAACACACAAGUAGUACAGCACUGCAAUGUAUUCAAAGAGCUUUUACCAAACU